ACUCUUCUCUCUCUCUCUCUCUCUCUCUCUCUGUGUGUAUAAAUAGUUUUCUCCGCUGUCCGUCCGCUCGACCGUUUCUUGUCCUCUGUUCGUCACUGUCCGGAAGGACAUCCUCUGCAAAUUUCUGCUGACGGAAACGGAGGGGCUUCCAUUCCAUUGCUGCAAACCGAAGCUCAGUUCCAGCCCUUCAGAGACAGGAAGAGACAGAGAGUGGAAGUUAGGGAAUGUUCCACUCCCACAGCCUGUCGAGAAAGGGGCCUUUGGGCUCCGUAUGGGUGGCUGCCUACUGCCACAAGCGGCUCAAGAAGGCCGAAGUAACCGCCACCGACAUCUCCUUCUCUGUGGAUAAGAUCUUGCAGGAUGAAUUUGAAAUUAUCACCUACAGGGUUCUGGGCUACUUCCUCCUUGGUGUCGUGAGGAUAUACUCGAAGAAGGUUGAAUAUUUGUUCAAUGACUGUCACAAGGUGCUUGUUCAAGUCAAGGGCUUUGUGGUUAGUGAGAAAGGUCAUUCGCGUACUGUAAAAGGUUUACGUGAACCUAUUAGCUUGAUAACUCGUCCAAAGAGGUUUGAACUUGAUGCUUUUGAUCUGGAAGUUGGAGAUGAUGUUAGUGGAGCUCAUCAUCAGUCCCCACAAGAAGAGAUAACCCUCAAAGAUAACGCAUGGAGGCAUGCGGGCAUGGUGCAGUGUGCCUUACAAAAGUACAACUGGGAGAAAGAAGCAGGCUGUCAUGAUACUCUCAUCAUUGAUUAUACUGAAGCUGAAGAUAUUGUUCCAUUGGCCUUUAUUGACACUGAAACUGAAGCUAGUGUGGAGAAGCCUCAGGACACCCUGUUAUCUCAAGAACUGUGUGUGGGUUUGCUAACUUUUGAAGAUCAUCAAAGUAGACCACUUAAUGAGGAUAAUCAAGGUGAACUGGAGCAGAUGAGAUCUUCUGAAGGGGCACAUCUAUCAGAAAAAGAUAAGUGCUUUAGUGAAGAAGAAGAUUUUGAUCUAAGCAACUUAGAGUUCACAAUUGAGAGGAUCUACGAGGAUGGGAAACCUGAAAUAGGAAAUGCAAGUUUCGAAGUUGUUGCUCCCUCUGGUGGAGAUAAGUGUUUAUUUAGUGAAAAGGAGGGUGAUCUAAGCAACUUAGAGACCACAAUUCAGAAGCUUCAAGAGGAUGGGGGAUUUGAGAAGGGAGAUGCAGAUUCUGAAAUAGUUGCUCCCUUAGAUGGAGAAAAUCAAGUUGCUCCCUCUGGUGGAGAUAAGUGUUUAGUUAGUGAAAAGGAGCAUGAUCUAAGCAACUCAGAGACCACAAUUGACAAGCUUCGAGAGGCUGGGCGAUUUGAUAAGGGGGAUGCAGAUUUUGAAAUGGCUGCUCCCUUAGAUGGGGAAACUCAAGAUGCUCCCUCUGGUGGAGAUAAGUGUUUAGUUAGUGAAAAGGAGCGUGAUCUAAGCAACUUAGUAACCACAAUUGAAAGGCUUCGAGAGGAUGGGGGAUUUGAGAAGGAAGAUGCAGAUUCUGAAAUGGCUGCUCCCUUAAAUGGAGAAACUGGAGAAGUCAUUGGCACUGAGACUAAAGUGGAUUUUGCACCCGAAGAGACAUAUAUGCCCUCUGAAAUAGUAUCAUCUGACAGUCCAGAGCCUGAUGUUGUUAUGACAGACCGUCCAAUAUCGUUAAGAGUCGACUCAACUCCUGCAAAGAAGCCACCUAUUACUGCUGAAGUUGCAGGUGGUUUAACACCUGAGUUCAUGCUUGUUCCAACUCCCGCUCUGAAGGAGCGACGUCUGACUAAAAGAAAAAGGAAGUGUUUAUUUGAUGACCUGAUAGUGUUGCCUAAUGAUUUAGUCAAGAAAAGCAUAAGGGAUGCAAGCGAUUUAGUGUGCAAGCGAAGGAAGGCUCCUUGUAAUGCUUUCACUGUUUGGAAAGCAACUCGAGCAUUGGGAUUCUCAGAGCCCUUGAUUCCUUAUUCCUCGUCGGAGCUACAGUCACUGCUCUUCUUAAAGAAUUUAAAGAUCUCAGCGCCCCAUGAAGAUGUAGUGGUCUCGGCACCUGGUGAAGAUGUAGUGGUCCCGGCGGCCCAUGAAGAUGUAGAGCUCCCGGCACCCAAUGAAGAUGUAAAGAUCUCAGCGGCCCGUGAAGAUGUAGAAGUUCCUGAGAAGGUUAUAGUAUCAGAGCUUCCUCCUGGUGAUGGAUCCUCAGAGCAAGCAGGGAUAGCUCCCGAAACACCUACUAGGCAGUUCUCAUCUAGGAGACCAUAUGAGAGCCCAAAAGCCUCCAAGUCCGAUGAAGUGAGGCCUGAAAGCCCACUUGAGAGUGUGGCCUUGGAGAAAGAGUCAUCAGUAUACGAGGACCAAGACCUUAGUUUUACUCUGAUGAACGAGGAUUUGAACUCAUUGGAAGGGGAAACUCACAAACUCUAUGGUUGGACUGGAAGAACAAGACAAGUAGCAAAACACCUGAAUGAGGUUUUCCAGAAACAGAAGGGAAAGGAUGAAGUAACGUGUUUGUUGCAGAUCUCCAAGGGAAGGACUAGGAAGGAGAGUGCAAGACUCUUCUAUGAGAUAUUGGUCUUGAAGAGCAAUGGAUUCAUCAAUGUGGAUCAAGAGACUGCACAUGCUGAUGUUCUCAUCAGGAAGCUGCCGAAGUUGGAACAAGCUUUCGAUGCUGAUGACUCCGAGAGACGUACAUGAAAGUCCUGCACGUUUUCCAGAAUACUGGGUCAUCAGCAUCCCCUGUAAUUAUUGCACAGAACUAGUUUUUUUGCAAAUCCUGCUAGUCUGUAUAUGGUAGGUAGGAAGUCUGUAAAACGCAACACCUGUCGAGGCUCAAACUUAAGCACGGAGUUUAGCCCUUGUCUUUAAAGGGCCGGUGAUUCGGCACAGGUAUUGUGAAGGUUUCUUAUAUAGGAGGUCUUUUCAGCCGAAGGAAAUGCCAUUGGCAUGCUUAGGAGUUGGUACCGUAGCUUUAUAUUAGGAGUUGAUGUAGUUGCAAGUAGACUUUGUUAAAGAUCUUGAAGAAGCAAAUCUUUCUGUGCAUGAGAGAAACAAUUUGAAGUUCGUAGAAA